AGUCAGCUAUGGUCCUAGGUGUGUUUCUGGGGCUUGUUCUCUCAUGUCUGCUUCUCCUUUCACUAUGGAGGCAGAGCUCUCAGAGAAGAACACUUCCUCCUGGUCCCACUCCUCUCCCAAUCAUUGGAAAUAUUCUUCAGGUGGAUCUGAAGAACAUUAGCAAAUCAUUGAGGGAUCUUUCAAAAGUCUAUGGUCCUGUGUUCACUCUGUACAUGGGCAGCAAGCCUGCUGUGGUGUUGCACGGAUAUGAAGUUGUGAAGGAAGCUUUGAUUGAUCAUGGAGAGGAGUUUUCUGGAAGAGGAAGCUCUCCAGUGAUUGAAAAAAUUAAGAAAGGCCUUGGAAUUACUUUUAGCAAUGGAAAGAACUGGAAAGAGACACGACGCUUCUCACUCAUGACUCUGAGGAACUUUGGGAUGGGAAAGAGAAGCAUUGAGGACCGUGUUCAAGAGGAAGCUCACUGUCUUGUGGAGGAGUUAAGGAAAACCAAUGGUGCACCAUGUGAUCCCACCUUCAUCCUGGGCUGUGCUCCCUGCAAUGUCAUCUGUGCCAUUAUCUUCCAGAAUCGUUUUAAUUAUAAUGAUCAGGAUUUUCUUAACUUGAUCAAGAAUUUAAGUGAAAAUGCCAAGAUUUUGAGUUCCCCUUGGAUGCAGGUUUGCAAUAAUUUUCCUGCUAUCACUGAUUAUCUACCAGGGAGCCAUGCUAAAUUACUUAAAAAUUUUACUUUCUUAAAACAUUAUUGUUUGGAAAAAGUAAAAGAGCACCAAGAAUCACUGGAUAUUAAUAAUCCUCGGGACUUUAUUGAUUGUUUCCUGAUAAAAUUGGAGCAGGAAAAACACAACCCAAAAGUUGAGUGCAUUUAUGAUAACUUUGCAACUACCACAUUUGACCUGUUUGCUGCUGGGACAGAGACAACAAGCACAACACUGAGGUACUCGCUGCUGCUCCUGCUCAAACACCCAGGAGUCACAGCCAAAGUCCAGGAAGAGAUUGACCAUGUGAUUGGUAGACACAGAAGCCCCUGCAUGCAGGACAGGAGUCACAUGCCAUACACUGAUGCUGUGUUGCAUGAGAUUCAGAGAUACAUUGAUCUGCUUCCCACCAGCCUGCCCCAUGCAGUAACCUGUGACAUUAAGUUCAGAAACUAUCUCAUUCCCAAGGGUACUACUGUAAUAACGUCACUGACAUCUGUGCUGAAUGAUGACAAAGAAUUCCCCAACCCAGAGAAGUUUGAUCCUCGUCACUUUCUGGAUGAGAAUGGCAAGUUUAAGAAAAGUGACUACUUUUUUCCUUUCUCAGCAGGAAAACGCAUUUGUGUAGGAGAGGGCCUGGCCCGAAUGGAGCUAUUUUUAUUCCUGACCACCAUUUUGCAGAACUUUCAUCUGAAAUCUCCAGUUGACCCAAAAGACCUUGAUAUCACCCCAGUUGCCAAUGGCCUUAUUUCUGUACCACCCAAGUUCCAGAUUUGCUUCAUCCCCGUCUGAAUGAACAACAUGUGCUUCUUUCUGUGGCUUCUUCCUCCAGGCAUAGUUGAUCUCUUUUAUUAGGCCUGUCUCUCUGAUCUCAAGAUCCAGAGAAUGUAUAUCUUCCAUUCUGGCUAAUUUUCAGGGUCACCCCCAAACACAUCUGUGAUUUCCCAUGCUGUGCAAUGAUUUCUGUCUCUAGCAUUGUUAACUUUUAUCUAAUGCCAAAUUAUUAAUAUAUUAUUACUGUAAAGCUAAAAUUGAAAAAUGAUUCUAAUGUGAGGUGAAGUUCAGCACCACCUAGCCUUUGUGUGUUUUAAAUAAAAGCAUUAUAAUUCUG